CUGCUGGCCCAAAGUUCCAGCAUUAAAUUCAAAACCCAAACUUUUUCGCCCCUUUCCUUCCAAUAAUCCAAUUUUCCCCAAAUCCAACAAUGGCGUCCUCUGGAACCCUAACCCACCUCUUCUUCAUCGUCGCCAUCUUCUCCUCAUCCUCCUUCAACGUCUUCUCCGACUCCGGCGCCGACCGAGUCUCCGAGCUCCUCGACCUCCAAUCCCGAUCCACAUCGGGCGUGAUCCACCUUGACGACGACUCCGUCUCUCGCUUCCUCACCUCCGCCAAGACCCCGAGACCCUACUCUCUCGUCAUCUUCUUCGACGCCGUUCAGCUCCACGACAAGCACGAGCUCCACCUCCAAGAACUCCGCAACGAGUUCGCCAUCGUCACCAACUCCUUCAUCACCAACAAUCAGGAUCCGUCGUCUCCGUCCCACGCCAAGAUCUUCUUCUGCGACAUCGAAUUCAAGGAGUCUCAGACCAGUUUCUCCCUCUUCGGUGUCAAUGCCCUUCCUCACAUCAGGCUCAUCGGCCCCAAUCACGGCCUCAAGAACUCCGAUCAGAUGGACCAGGGAGAUUUCGCGCGAUUGGCCGAGUCCAUGGCCGAAUUCAUCGAAUCGAAGACUAAGCUCUCCAUUGGCCCGAUCCAUCGGCCGCCUAUCCUUUCCAAGAAGCAGUUGAUAUUUGCCACCAUUGCCUGGCUGAUUUGGAUGCCGUUUCUCAUCAAGAAGAUUCUCAGUGGGAAGACGCUUCUUCACGACCCAAAGAUAUGGCUGUCCGGUGCGGUUUUCAUUUAUUUCUUCAGCGUUUCAGGUGCUAUGCACAACAUAAUCAGGAAGAUGCCGAUGUUUUUGGCCGACCGGGGCGAUCCGUCCAAGCUGAUAUUUUUCUAUCAGGGAUCGGGAAUGCAGCUCGGAGCCGAGGGUUUCGCAAUCGGGUUCUUGUACACAAUCGUCGGGUUGUUGCUGGCGUUGGUGACUCGAGUGCUCAUUAAGGUCAGGAAUGUAACAGUGCAGAGGUUGGUUAUGAUUUUCGCGCUCUUCGUCUCGUUUUGGGCGGUGAAGAAGGUGGUCUACUUGGAUAACUGGAAGACUGGUUACGGAGUCCAUGCCUUCUGGCCCUCGAGUUGGAGCUGAGCUAAGAAGGGAUGUGGUUUUCCGGAUACUACUGAGAAAGGUGAUACUUUUGAUUUAGUGAAAAUGGAUAAAUUAGUGCAGACUUAAUGAUAUUAUAUGUAACUUUGGUAAUAGGAACAACGUAUUUUGAUACUUCUUGAAACUUGGUUACUUCUUACUUCAAAUUUGAGAACUUUGUUAGAGAA